GGGGUUUAGGGAAAAGGAACUGCCUUGGUUUCAACUUCCAAGCGUCUUUCUUUCUCUAACUCGUUUCUCCGUCUCCGUUUCUUCGCUCUUCGCCUCUUCCGACACUCAUCUCCUUCGAGUUUCAGUUAAAGCUCCAACCCUAGUGCGCCCCUAACUUCCUCCGCUACUUGAUUCUUUGCUCUCCCCCCGAACUCGUGAGUAAUCUUCUCAUCACCAAAACGGAACUAGGGACGCUGGCUGGCUUUAAUGAAAUCUAUUUCUACAGUUAAGACCGCCAUUUUCUAGGGUCUGAAGUGCCUUCUCAUUUGUUUUUAGAGCUUUAGUGUGUAUGAAAGAUGUCAAAAUUGCGAGCACUCUGGCAAGCUUCUGUAAAUUCAACAAAAAAAGCUCUCGCUUGGAAUGUUGAAGACUGGAUACCACCUACUGAAAAAUACAUAUUUAGUUUCAAUGCAAAGCAAGAAGUUAAGAAGUGGCAUUUAUAUUCGGAUUCGGAGUAUGGAGGAAUGUCUACAGCAUCUUUGGAGAUCACUGAAACUGGAAAUCAGCUACGAGGAGUAUUCUCUGGGAAGCUCUCCUUGGAUGUAAAUGAGAAUUCAAGAUGGAACAUAAACAGGAGUGGUUUUUGUGGAAUGCGCUCCAAAAAGUUUGAUGGCUUCAUUAAUUUGGAUUUGUAUGAUUCCAUUGCGUUGAGGCUUAAAGGAGAUGGAAGAUGCUAUAUAUCCACUAUUUAUACUGAAAAUUGGGUAAACUCACCAGGACAAGAGGAAGAUAAUUCAUGGCAAGCAUUUGUUCUAGCCCCUAAAGAUGAUUGGUAUAUUGCCAAGAUUCCUCUUGAUCGAUAUUUACCAACAUGGAGAGGGAAUAUAAUAGAUUCAGAGAUGGAAAUGAACCCAUCUCGUAUUGUAAGCAUGUCUUUAUCAGUGAAUGCUGCUGCUGGCGUUCCAGGUGCAAGAUCUGGCCCUGGUGACUUCAAUCUGGAAAUUGAUUGGAUCAAAGCCUUGAGAACUCAGUGAGUUGCUGUUUGGUACACUCUUUCAUGCCGUUUUGUGCUUAAGAGUAACAUAAUUUGCACAUCCAACGAAGAAAAAAAAGAAUCAAUUUUGGAACCAAAUUCUGCUCCACGCUUCUUCUGUUGUUUGAAGAAGAAGGUAGUUUAGAACAUAAAAAUACAGAGCCCAAUCUGGAUGUUUGUGCAUUGAAGGUGCCAUGUAUGUUUCAAGGGAAGGGAAGACUACAAGAUGGGCUUGACCUAAAGCUCUUAUAGACACCUUAUUUAUUUAUAUAUUGUGUGUACUUGGAUUAGGCAUGUAUGGUUGGAGACCUGUGAAAAUACAAAAAUAAAUGAACACCAUGCUUUUUCUGCAUGGUUCGAUUCUCCAACCCUACAUAAAUGCUACAUAGCAAAAAUUUCAAUAUUUCUACACCAUUUUCA